AUGAAACGUUUUAUUUUGUUACUCGCCUUCGUUGCUCUUUCCUGUACUCAUCCAGUUGCCGACAGAUUCCAGGUAAUUGUAAUUGUCACUUGGAGUCAAAACGGCUCUAUAAGAAAGUGUUUUUUUUUCCAUCCUAAUUGAAUAUAAAUUUGUUUCGAAAACAUCUUUCAGACUACUUUUUUCAGUAUCUUGACCUGGAGUCUGAGAAACCGAUGCAACACAUACGAAUCGGUGCCCAUGGCAUUAUAUCAGAAACAGAUCAUAUGGACGGCCAGCCAACACAGCUGCAGAAUCAGUGAGUCAAAAUUUGUAGGUAUAAUUUAUAUACCGUAUAAAGACACCUUUUUUUCUUGUUGGAAGAUGAUGUUUUUUUGUAUUAGUAAGCGUAGCAUGCGCUGCGUUUUGUUUGCGUCAUCAAUUUUUCUCAGAAGGUUAUCUGGAAUAAGGAACCUGUGACGAAAGACUGAGUUUGUCCUUUAGUCAUGAUCCUUUUCGCAGAACUCCCAAUCGAACGAGAUAACAAAAAAACAUUCAACUUCUCUUGGUAUAGGGAAAAGUUGAUACACAAAGUUUGAUGGUCUGAAAAAGAAAAAGUUCCGUUUCAAAGUAGGCUGUAUUUAACUGUUGUGAUUCUAAAAAACCCGAAUCUACUGUGAAUUUCGAUGAAAAGUUUGAGUGAUUCAGACAUUUUCCACUCUCUUGAGAACUGAAAAGCUCAAUGAGUCAAGCAACUAAUUAGUUUUAGGGUGAGACUCGAGAUUUUUCUCAAGAGCAAAAAUUUUUUCUCAUUUUUUUCCCAAAUGCAGUCGAUAAGCUGAGGUCUUUCCCUGAUAAGGAGUUCGGUGGCAAUUUUCGUGAUAUCCGGUGAUUAGAAACGGCAAAAAAAUGACCACUCCAAUUAUUCUCGAAAGGUUUCUUGCGUGAGAAGCGGAACUGAACUUUUUCUUGUUUCAUGAUGUAGUACUGAAAAUUGAAGUUCGUCGGGGCAACUUUUCUUUUUUGAAACAAAAGGAAAAUGGGAAAUAAACAGAUAAGCAAGAAGUAGUCUAAUGAACUAUGUCCCUGAUUAGCUUUACUUUGAAUAAGUUAUAGUUAUGAACAGAAUAGAGGUAUCAGAAUUGCAGUGAAAAAAAGAUUUGUUGAACCAUCACGCCUGAAAAAAAAAACUCCUAAAACCAAAAAACGUUACAGUCCGCAGUUGGUGGACGACUCGGUGCUAGCUCAACGACUGCAAGUGAUCGAGCUGAGCAGCGAGGAGGACGGAGACUCGGCUUCUGAAGACGACGUCCUCGCCGACAUCGCCGAAGUCGUCGACGAGCCACUGACGACGUCGAAGCCGGAGGAAACGCCGCCCGUGGCUCCCGCCUACACGGGCUACCGGAUGACGCACUGGCGAAUGCACGUCGCCGUCGUCGCCGUCGUUCUUCUGCUGCUGUGCAUCGCGCGUCUCAUGCACAAGACGCUCAAGACGGAGGACGAGUGCCGCGGAUCCCGCUACUAUGAUCAUCCUUUCUCCCAGAUGCACGAAGAAAAGUAA